GAUCGAUUGAGUUGUAUACAAAAUAGACCUAAGCUCAACAAAAGAGGUGUUAUAAAAAAUACGAUACGGCCGUAAAAAUGGAGCAGCUUUCGGGUGUUAUGAUAAUAAUUAUCAUAGGCGGCGGUGUUCUGACUUUUGUAAUGCUCUUUAUAUUCGCCAAACGCCAGAUAAUGCGCUUCACGUUGCGUAGUCGUCGUGGGCCCCACGUCCCAGUAGGUAACGAUGCAAAGAAGGCGCUGCGCCGUGAAAUUGAACGCAGAUUGGACUGCAUACAAAAGAUAGCACAGGAGCCAAAAUUGCUAUGGACCGAUACAGACAAGUAUAUACUGCAGCCGGGCCCGGAACAGGAACUUCCGCCCUAUUACUAUCGAAUGAAGGCCGUGGACGAUGUCAAAUUAUUAGAGUCAGAAAUAGCGCGCGCUGAUGGUAGCACACGUCACGCACAUGAAAGCUUGCGAGCCUUUCUUUUGACUACGCUCUCUGUUACGCUUAAUGGUACUGGGCAGCGCAUAAUACAUCAGUUCUGCGACACAUAUGAGCACGCACGUCACGAUCCAAAUGAGUUUGGUAAGGACGAAUACGAGGUUUAUUAUCAUAUGUUGCUCAAACUAAUGGAAGCUGCUAAGCAGCUGAAGAACUACAAUUCAAGGAAGGCUUCACCUGCGCGCACUCCACGUAAACAGAAAAUGCAUUCGUUGCUAGAUCCAGCUCGAUUGCGUCCGCCACCCGUCGUGGAGCCACAGAGCAGCGAGCUUACAGCUGGUCAGCAUGCUAAAGUUAACAUGACGCUGGGAUUGCAGGGUGAUGAACUUGUGGCCGCUGAGCUGGCUACCAAUCCCUUGCACCUGCAAGCGCCAGCGGAGCGAGAUCUUAUCAUACGCAACCGCAUAAAGACGCCUACGCUGGAUGAUAUUGCUGUCGAGCCAACAGUGGAGCAGCCUCAUGGCGAUGCGAAUGCCAAUACAGCGGAGCAUGAAAUAAUGAGCAUUUCGUCGGUACAACUGCAGCGAAACUCGAGUGUUGUCUAAAGACACUGAUAUGCCAGCACGUUCCACUUAUCUGCAUCAACAGUUACCAAAGUCGAGAUAAAUAGAUUAGGAGUGCCGAAUAUUAUUUUCCUCUCUUAGUUAAUAAUGCAUGUAAU